AAACCCUCCCACGCCCAAUUUGAGUUUCCGUAGUGGGCGGACGCCGUUUGCUUAAACCCUCUCUCUCUCUCUCUCUCUCUCUCUCUCUCUAAGCCACUGAACAAGACCUCAGUUUGCAGAUUUUUCUCUUGGGUUCUAAACUCAUAACAGUCCCAGCAGCUGCCCUGUCAUUCCUCUCUUAGGUUUCAGAGAGAGGGAAAGGAUCAAGCUUUAUACUUUUCAAGUUUGCCAUUGUGAAAUCCAGAACUGAGCCUCCAUGUUAACUUUGGUGCAAACACUUGUAAAAUGGAUCAAUCUUUUUAUAAGCCAAGUCACAUAACAAAGUCAUGAGUCAAUGCGCCUCAGGCUUCCCUUCAAAACUUUACACUCCUUCAGCCAAAACCGCAGACUCUCAUCCGAAUCAACUCUCCCCUAUGGAACCCGUGAGCCGCUCCCCGCCCAUCUCUUCCAAAUUUGUCGAGAACAAUGCAGGCUUAUCAAGACCCACAAAGUGUGCGGUGAAAUGUCUGAAAGAGAGCUGGCUCAAUCUUCAAGAACCUGCAAGGCUAUCCAUGCCCAGGGCUUGAAAUUUGAAGUUGGGUCGAAAGGGUUGCUAGGAAAUGCUAUUGUGGGUUAUUAUGCCAAGUGUGGUAACCUGGGCUAUGCCGAGAAGGCAUUUAAUUGCCUUGAUAACAAGGAUGUGUUUGCUUGGAACUCUGUCUUGUCAAUGUAUUCAAAUAAGGGAUUGCUCGAGCAGGUUUUUAACUCAUUUGAGUCAAUGUGGAAAUGCAAGGUUUUGCCGAAUGAGUUCACGUUUGCAAUGGUCUUGUCUGCUUGCACAAGAUUGGGGAAUAUGGAGUAUGGUAGACAAGUUCAUUGCAGUGUUAUUAAGGUGGGGCUUGAGUUGAUAUCAUUCUGUCAAGGUGCACUUAUUGAUAUGUAUGCCAAGUGCAAUUGUAUAAGUGAUGCUCGGCAGAUAUUUGACAGUGCAGUGGAGUUGGAUACUGUCGCUUGGACAACAAUGAUUUCAGGGUAUGUUCAAGUUGGGCUGCUUGAGGAAGCACUUAAAGUGUUUAAGGAGAUGCUGAGAGUUGGCGGUGUUCUGGACCAAGUGGCCUAUGUGACUGUCAUAAAUGCAUGUGUUGGUCUAGGAAGGCUAGAUGAUGCAUGUGACUUGUUCUCGCAGAUGCCCAAUCCAAAUGAUGUGGCAUGGAAUGUGAUGAUUUCUGGGCAUGCAAAGAGAGGUUAUGAGGUGGAAGCUGUUAACUUUUUCCUGCAAAUGAGGAAAGGUGGUGUAAAACCGACAAGAUCUACACUGGGAAGUCUUUUAAGUGCAAUCUCAAGUUUAGCAGCUCUAGACUAUGGGCUGAUAGUUCAUGCUAUGGCAAUAAAGCAGGGGUUAGACUCUAAUGUUUACGUAGGAAGUUCUUUAAUCAAUAUGUAUGCCAAGUGUGAAAAAAUUGAUGCUGCUAAGAGAAUAUUUCAUUAUAUAUCAGAGAAAAAUCUUGUCUUGUGGAACGCAAUGCUUGGGGGUUAUGCACAGAAUGGGUAUGCCGAUGGAGUCAUAAAAUUGUUUACUAAUAUGAAGGCAUGUGGUAUUCACCCUGAUCAGUUUACCUACACCAGCAUUCUUAGUGCCUGUUCUUGCUUGCAAAAUUUAGAAAUGGGACGCCAAUUGCAUUCAGUCAUCAUCAAGAACCAAUUUGCUUCAAAUUUAUUCGUCGGAAAUGCAUUGGUUGAUAUGUACGCUAAAUCAGGGGAUCUGAAGGAAGCAAGGAACCAAUUUGAGCUCAUAAGCAAUCGAGACAAUGUAUCUUGGAAUGCAAUUAUUGUUGGAUAUGUGCAGGAAGAGGACGAGGACAAGGCUUUUUGUAUGUUCAGAAGAAUGAUAUUGCAUAGGAUUGUGCCUGAUGAAGUAUCCUUGGCCAGUAUACUAAGUGCUUGUGCAAAUGUUCAAGCACUGGACAUGGGACAGCAAGUCCACUGUCUCUCGAUUAAAAUUGGUCUAGAAACAAGCCUUUAUGCUGGGAGCUCCCUUAUUGAUAUGUAUUCCAAAUGUGGGCUAAUUAGGGAUGCACGAAGUGUUCUUGAUUUCUUGCCCCAUUGCAGUGUGGUCUCGAUGAAUGCUCUGAUUUCUGGCUUUGUUCAUAGAAACUUCGAAGAAGCAGUAAACAUAUUUCGUGAGAUGCAGGAUAUUGGAUUGAACCCAUCUGAAGUUACUUUUUCAAGUCUUUUAGAUGCAUGCAAUGGACCUAUUAUGCUACCACUGGGAAGACAAAUCCACAACAUAGUACUAAAGAAAGGCCUUUUGUUUGAUGGUGACUUCUUAGGUGUCUCUCUUUUGGGAAUGUAUAUGAACUGCCAAAGCAAAAUAGAUGCAACCAGUCUUUUCUUAGAAUUCCCAAAGCCAAAAAGCAAAGUAUUAUGGACCUCUAUGAUUUCAGGACUCAGUCAAAAUGAUUGUAUAGAGGAGGCAUUGCAGUUGUAUCGAGAAAUGCGUAGUGAUAAUGCCCUACCAGACCAAGCAACUUUUGCCAGUGUUCUUCGAGCAUGUUCUGUUAUAUCUUCUUUACAAAAUGGUAGAGAGAUCCAUUCUCUAAUUUUUCAUACUGGUUUUAAUUUGGAUGAGUUAACAUGUAGUGCCCUGGUAGACAUGUAUGCUAAAUGUGGGGAUGUGAGAAGCUCUGUGCAAGUUUUCCAAGAAAUGGGUACUAAGAAUGGUAUUAUUUCUUGGAACUCAAUGAUCGUUGGUUUUGCUAAAAAUGGGUAUGCAGAAGAUGCAUUUAAGAUCUUUGAUGAGAUGAAGCAAUCUCAUGUUGAGCCUGAUGACGUCACAUUUCUUGGUGUUCUCACUGCAUGUAGUCAUGCAGGGAAGGUAGCUGAAGGUCGUGAGAUCUUUGAUUCUAUGGUCAAUUAUUAUUCUAUUCAACCCAGGGUUGAUCAUAUUUGCUGCAUGCUUGAUCUUUUGGGCAGAUGGGGUUUGCUUAAAGAAGCAGAGGAGUUUAUUGAUAGGCUAGAUUUUGUACCAAAUUCUAUGAUUUGGGCCACACUGCUUGGUGCUUGCAAAUUACAUGGAGACGACAUAAGGGGUCGGCGUGCGGCUGAGAAACUGAAGGAGUUAGAACCACAAAGUUCGUCCCCAUAUGUGCUACUUUCUAGUAUGUGUGCUGAAUCUGGAAACUGGAAUGAGGCUAACUCUUUGAGGAGGGAAAUGAAAGAAAAAGGGGUGAUUAAGUUGCCUGGAUUUAGUUGGAUUUCUGUGGGACAGAGGACAAAUUACUUUGUUGCUGGGGACAAGUCUCAUCCAAGUGCUGCUGAAAUUCAUGUCGCUUUAAAGUACUUGACAGCAAUAAUGAAAGGAGAGGGCUGUGUUUUUGAUGAAACAGAUUCUUUGUUGCAUGAAGAAGAGUGAGAGAAGUCCUUUUGGUAAUCUGAGGCUGACAAUGCUACUCCCUUAGCAAGAGUGCAAAGUACAUUAGAAUUACUUUCCCAGCAGUAUUCUGCAAUGAUGCUUUGCAGUUGCAAAUCUAAUCCCUCUCUCUCGCCUCUCCCUCACUCAGAUAUAUUUCGGAGUUUCCCUGAUAAGGGAUUCUCAGCUGAGGAUCUGAUAAUCGGGCAGCCUGGUUAACAGCAAGUCAAGUUCAGGCAGUAUGCAAUGUAUGUUCAUGUGGAUAUCAAUUGCUGGUGGAGCUUGUUUUACUACUUUUUAAGAGCAGAGAGACGCUGGCAAGAAAGUACCUCACUGUUUGAUUUGGUGAUGGGUUUGUUUCUCUGGUACCUCAGGGAAUCCAGCCAACAUAUUUGGAAUUUGGAAACUGUGAGCCUCUUUACAUUCCUCGUACAAAUUCUGAUUUUUUAAUAACCUCUUUCAAUUAGAUUAUGGUUCUUUCUUUAUGAAAGUAUAUUUGAAGUUGUUUCUUUGUUAAUUUUUAUUGCUCAUGCUCCAUUGCGAUGUUGAAGGUUCACUUCAUUAUGUCUACUUCGAAACUCUUUUUCUAAGAAUUUCACAGAUUUAAUUUCUUA